AUGAAUGGCUAUGGUUCCGGAUCCGGUUCUGGUUUCGGAUCUGCUGGAGCUACUAAUGCUCCUGGUGGGCAAUAUGGGACCGGCAGCUCCACGGCUAGAGGAGGCGGCGGCGGUGGCGGCGGUGGAGAUAAUGGUGGUUCUGGAACUGGUUCUGGAUCUGCUAUGAGUCAUAGCUACACUGUUGGCUUUUAUGGUGGAGGGGCUUCAGGUGCACAAGGCAUGGGUGGUGGUGGUGGCCAAGGAGGAGGUCCACAAAAUGGCAACGGUUCUGGCUCUGGUUCAGGAAGAGGAAUCGCUUCUAGCAACCUUGCUGGUCCUAAUGGCGGAAGCUCUACCAUUGGUGGUGGAAGUGGUGGCGGUGCAGCUGGUGGGCAUGACAGUGGAUAUGCCACUGGAUACGGAGGUGGUUCAGGCUCUAGCUCGGGUCAAGGUGGACAACGCUAA